AUGGUAUUGAAUUUUGAAAAUGAAUUUCGUCUUUCGACUGCCGCGUUACGGUUUAACGGCAUCCAUCCAGAUUCACAUCGUGAUAAGAAAUGGUUGAUUCAGUUCAGCUUUUUUAACUCCGUGUGCUUUAUUGUGGUGUAUUUCUUUGCUCAUUCAAUUAUUUAUCAUGAUAUAAACAAUAGUAAAUUCGCGGAGGCAAUUCAAAACGGAUCUUUCGUCAUCGUAUCUUUAUCGAUACCGUAUUACAAUUAUUUAGCAAUACAUCACAAAGAACAUUUUAAAAAAUACUUCGAUACUAUUGAUGAAUAUUUAUCAGAAAUAGAACAAUAUAAAAAAGAAGAAAGAGAAUUAGUGUUGAAAUAUUCAAAGAUGGCGAGCGAAUUUAAAUUCGCUCAGAUGUUCGCGAUUACGUAUCCAAAAUGGAUAGAAAGUAACAGGGAUAAUGUUUACGUGUUUUUAUGCUUGUUUUCCCUUUCUUUCAUUUUUGCGAUUUACGCAACUAUUGUCUAUGUUGGCUUCGAUCCUUUGAUAUCAAUAUUUGUGCUACAAAUUUGUGGUCAAUUGGAAAUUUUGAGCCAUCAAUUGUUGGCAUUAAAUCAGUUGACUGAUCAAAAUGAAAUUGUCCAAAAUUUAAAGACUAUCAACAUUAAAUUGCAGGGCUUAUACAGGUACACUCGAUAA